ACGGCAGGACACGUGAGCUGCUGCGGGGCUGCGGGGGGCCACGCCCACAUUGCACGCCGAUUAAGGUGGAGUCAGGGAAGAGGACGUGAAAGUGACGCCUUCCUAUUUUGGGCCACCUUAAGCUGGAAUGGGUGUUUCUGGGCGUGCGCGCAUGUGUUCGCAAGUUUUUAAGUUUUACAGAAGUCUGAGCUACGCUAAGGUUACCAGAUUUUUUCAAUGAAUCUCGGGACACUUUUCAACUUCCUACUAAAUAGAUGGAUUUUAUCACGGGACUGAUUUGUAAAUCCGGGGGCUGUCCCUGGGAUCGGGGACGUCUGGUAACCUUAAGCUACACAUGACCAAGAGUCCUGUGACGCUUUGCAGCCUGCAUGUUUGUUUUCUUUAUUUAUUCGUCAGUUUAAAAUACUGUUUCUGCUACAAUCAAGUGUAAUAGCACCUUGCUGACAAUCCAGAAAAAUAUGCACACUUAGAAUAAAAAAGCACAAGCCACCACUACCAGUAAUAAAUGACAACCUUCCAUAUGCCAUCUUCCUCAAAUAAUAGAAUCAUAGAAUUGUACUGUUGGAAGGGAAUCAAGGGUCAUCCAGUCCAGCCCCUGUCCUGCCCACAACCACCCCUUCCAGUUCACAGCCAGACCCCCUGAUCCCUUGUGCUGCUGGGCUGUCUGUGUCUCACAGCCACAAGGACCAUGUUCUACUUCCAUUGUUAGAGGCAUCACACCUCUGAAUACCACUUGCUGGGAAUCACAGGCAGCGACAGACCAUAUGCCUCCACUGCCCAGGCCAGGCGCGCUCCCAAGGGGGGCGUGGCGUGGUGGGUGCUCUCCCGGGCACGGGAUAGCCGCUCGGGUGCAUGGAGCAGCCUGGGGCAGAGUGAGCCACUGAUGGCAGACAUUCGGCACGCUGCCCACCCGCAACUGCCAAAUGUCACCUCCCCACCGCAACCCCCUUCCUCCGCUCCUGAUCACAGGUGGACAGAGUACUGUGUGUUCAUGUCCAGCUCGCAGGCUUCCCAAAUGUUGUGAGAACAAGGUGCCAAAUAAUGAAAAAGCACAGCUGCAUAAAAUAUUGGAAUCCUGCCUCCCUCCAAAAGCAAUCUGGAGCAGGGAUGCUUUAAUCCAGGGGGCGGCAAGGUUUACCUCAUCUGGGCUGGUUCACUCCAGCGGAGUGCGUGCGCCUACUAUUCCUGGCGUCUGCAUUUGCGCAGACACGAUUUCCAGUGCUGUGGAUGCGAGCACCGCGCAGCGCCGGUUUAGUGCAGCGUGCAGGGACUCACCAAGCUGGCGGCUCGGUUCGGGGGCAGCUUGUGGGCCAGUUAAAUGACCCCCGUGGGUUGCUGACCCCUGCUUUAACCUGUUUUCUGAUGAAGAGGAAAGAGGCCACUAGAUAGGCAGGGUGUUCCAGGACUGCUGCAAAGGCUCUAUACCUGCUGGCCACUAACCCUAAUUUGUGCAUGUCUCCACUUCAUGUAACUAUAUGUAACUACUACUAUAUCCUUAAGGGACGUGGGUGGUGCUGUAGUCUAAACCACUAUACCUUUACUAUAUCCUUGAAUGAUAAAACAUAACUUAAGUAAAAUAAUCAUAUUGCUACCUAGGAUUGUCAAAUGAACACACUCUGUCUAGCCGCCUUGGCAACUUUGACAGGUCCCCUGUUUAAGAUACACCAUUCAGAAAUGUCAAUAGCCUAUUCACAAAUCCUUCCUUUCCCCUUGUACAAUAGCUGUCAAUUAUUAACGGCAGGAUCUAGGAACGCCCAAUCUUUAUAGAUAACCUCAGAAUCCCUUUGCCCACCAAGCAUUACCCCACCCCCGUCUCCGUCCCUGCAGUCAUAAACAAAAGAGUGAUCCUUAGCACCAGGAUGGGCGGUACAGGACUCUCAUACACUCAACCAUCUACAUAUGUGCUCAUGCUUUUGUACCAUCACCGAAACAUCAACAUUCUAGCAAGCUGCUUUUGUCUAACAAACACUUACCUGUAAUCUCGCCAAUAUGUGUUUUUCCUUCCUCCUUGCAUAUCCCAAGGCAUGGGAACCAGCGACUCCACCUGAAAUGAAAUUGUAUAUAUAGCCAGGCUCUAUGUUCCAGCCGCAUCUGUUCCAACUCUGCAGACAGGGAUUCUUACCUAAGAGCAAAAAUAUCCGCCUGAUGAAGUUAAACAACAGAUCAACAAAGCCAGACUGAUACCCAGAGAGAACCUGCUGCAAAACAGACCCAAAAAAUAACAGAACACCACUAGUAAUCACAUACAGCUCCCAAGUUAAAACAGUUCAAUGCAUCAUUGAAUCAUUGGAUUUUGUACCAUCACCAAUGCAUCAUUGGAUUCUUAGAUCAUGGUCUGCAGUUUCUUUAAGAUGGACUUCUGGCAAGUGAUGGGCUGCACCUUACAAGGGUUGGGAGGAAUGUUUUUGCCAUGAAACUCAAAAACCUCAUCAGGAUGGCUUUAAACUGACUUAUGUGGGGGAGGGAGACAGUGGUCCUGAAGGUAGGAAUCUAUCAAGUGCUGAAGAUGAUCAUCCAAAUGUCAGGGACCAAAUGGAGCAAACAUCAUGCAGACUUAGUGGUGGGAGGAAAAAAUCCUUAAAUAAGAGGCUGGGGGGGGAAUCAAUGGUCUUCAAUGUCUGUAUACUAAUGCACAGAGCAUGGGAAAUAAACAAGAUGAACUUGAGCUCUUGGUACAGCAAACUAAAUAUGACAUAAUAGGCAUCACUGAAACCUGGUGGGAUGAGUCUCAUGAUUGGAAGGUAGUAAUAGAGGGAUACAAUCUAUUUCAGAGAAAUAGACCAAACAGGAAAGGAGGAGAAGUAGCGUUAUAUGUCAGGGAUGUGUAUACCUGUGAAGAGAUCCAGGAUUUAAAACUUCAAAGCCAAAUUGAGAGUAUCUGGGUCAAAAUUAAGGGAGAGAAAAAUAACAGUGAUCUCAUUGUGGGAGUUUACUAUAGAUCCCCAAGCCAAACUGAGGACACAAAUGAAGCCUUCCUGGAACAGAUGACCAGGCAUUCAAAAGGAAGUGAGACAGUAGUAAUGGGGGAUUUCAACUAUCCUGAUAUUUGUUGGAUGUCAAACUCAGCCAAGAGCAUAAGGUCGAACAGAUUCCUCACUGGCCUUGCAGACAAUUUCAUUGUCCAAAAAGUGGGAGAAGCAACAAGAGGAUCAGCCAUUUUAGAUCUGGUCCUAACCAAUAGUGAUGACCUGGUUAGUGCAGUAGAAGUGGCAGAAUCGUUAGGUGGGAAUGAUCGUGCUCUUCUGGAGUUUAUUAUUCAGUGGAAAGGAGCAACCAAGCAUACUAAGACUCAAAUCCUAGACUUUAAGAAAGCCGACUUCAGAAAACUUAGGGAAACGCUGGGUGAGAUCCCAUGGACAGAAAUACUAAAAGGGAAGGGAGUUCAUGAUGGUUGGGAGUUCAUUAAAAGGGAGAUAUUAAAAGCACAACUUCAGGCAAUACCAAUGAAACGGAAACAUGGGAGGUGCCUAAAGAAGCCAGGGUGGCUAUCUAAAGAACUUUUAACUGAGUUAAGAUUUAAAAGGGAUAUGUACAAAAAAUGGAAAAGGGGGGAAACCACCAGAGAGGAAUUCAAACAAAUAGCCAGCACAUGUAGAGAUGUGUAGAGGACAGGAUCACACUUCAAAAUGACCUUAACAGAUUAGAGAACUGGGUCAAAGCAAACGAUGAAUUUUAACAGGGAGAAAUGUAAAGUACUACACUUGGGCAAAAAAAAUGAAAGGCACAAAUACAGGAUGGGUGACACCUGGCUUGAGAGCACUACAUGUGAAAAGGAUCUAGGAGUCUUGGUAGACCACAAACUUGACAUGAGUCAGCAGUGUGAUGCAGCAGCUAAAAAAGCCAAUGCAAUUCUGGGCUGCAUCAAUAGGAGUAUAGCGUCUAGAUCUAGGGAAGUAAUAGUACCACUGUAUUCUGCUCUGGUCAGAGCUCACCUGGAUUUGUAAGCAAAAAGACAAUGGGAAGGCUUUCCCCAUUUUCCUCCCAUACUACAGAGGAAUCAAAAAAUAAAAAAGAUUCCUUCCUGUAGCACCUUAGAGACCAACUAAGUUUGUCAUAGGUAUGAGCUUUCGUGUGCAUCACUGGGAGAGUCAAAAUGGCUUCAGGAAUGCCCUCCUGUACGAUUUCAGACAUGUGGUUUAUAACUUAUGUAUGUGUUUGCCUUGUACAUUUAUGAACAUUUAUUUUAUAUUUGAGACCUUAGAAUUCUUAUAACAACAGUAUGGCCUCAGAGGAUGGAUGCCAGGAGCAUGGAGCCCUUUUAGGCAGAUUCUGGCUCGUAGUCGCCUCCUGAGAGAAAAUGGACGUUUCCUAACUCAUCAGGGCUUCCUCAUGCGUAAGCAUCACUUCAAUAACCCUGAAAGUGGCUUCUUCCGCCAAACCAAGCGUAAAGUGCAGCCCCGAAACCUGCUGACAGAUCCCAGCCUGGUUAUGGAGAUGAUGAAGGGCAACUUGGUCCAUGUCCUGCCCAUGAUCCUAGUUGGAGGCUGGAUCAAUUGGGCCUUCUCUGGCUUUGUGGCCACCAAGGUUCCCUUCCCCCUGACCCUGCGCUUCAAGCCCAUGCUGCAGCGUGGAAUUAGCCUGCCUUCCUUGGACCCCUCUUGGGUGAGUUCGGCCUCCUGGUACUUCCUCAACGUUUUUGGCCUCCGCAGAGUGUACAGCCUCAUCCUGGGAGAGGAGACCGCUGCGGAGCAGAACCAACUGCUAUUGCAGGACCAGUUCUUCAGCCCAGCUGUCCCCACCCCACCUGAUCCCAACAAGGCUUUCAAGGCUGAGUGGGAAGCUUUAGAGCUGGUUUCUCACCACUGGGCUCUACAGGAUGUGGAAGAGCAAUUGAUGUCACAGGACCUCAAGCUGGCAGGGAUGCCUGGGCCUGACUGAUCCCAUCCUGUGACCACUGCAAGCUACUGCUGUCCUAUGGGACAAAUGUGUGUGAGCAAGAGACCCUUUCACCUCCUUGGGAGAUGGAAGAGGCUGACCCUCCCAGCGUAAUCAGUGUGUAACGGCUUUUCGUCUUAGAGCCAGGAAGGUUGCAGAAGAGAGCUUGAAGUCUGUAGCAUGACUCCCCACCCCAGUCAGUCAGUCAGAGCAGUGGGCAAAUAGCCUCUGUGGAACUGGCUCCGCGUGCCUGAAGUCUUGUAGGGGUAGCUAGAGCCAGCAGGUUAAUGUCAAAAGGCUCCUUUUCAUAGAAUCAUAGAGUUGGAAGAGACCACAGGGGCCAUCCAGUCCAACCCCCUGCCAAGCAGGAAACGCCAUCAAAGCAUUCUUGGCAUAUGGCUGUCAAGCCUCCGCUUAAAGACCUCCAAAUAAGGAGACUCCACCACACUCCAUGGCAGCAAAUUCCACUGUCGAACAGCUCUUACUGUCAGGAAGUUCUUCCUAAUGUUUAGGUGGAACCUUCUUUCCUGUAGUUUGAAUCCAUUGCUCUGUGUCCGCUUCUCUGGAGCAGCAGAAAACAACCUUUCUUCCUCCUCUAUAUGGCAUCCUUUUAUAUAUUUGAACAUGGCUAUCAUAUCACCCCUUAACCUUCUCUUCUCCAGGCUAAACAUACCCAGUUCCCUAAGCCGUUCCUCAUAAGGCAUCGUUUCCAGGCCUUUGACCAUUUUGGUUGCCCUCUUCUGGACACGUUCCAGCUUGUCAGUAUCCUUCUUGAACUGUGGUGCCCAGAACUGGACACAGUACUCCAGGUGAGGUCUGACCAGAGCGGAAUACAGUGGUACUAUUACUUCCCUUGAUCUAGAUGCUAUACUCCUAUCGAUGCAGCCCAGAAUUGCAUUGGCUUUUUGAGCUGCUGCAUCACACUGCUGACUCAUGUCAAGUUUGUGGUCUGCCAAGACUCCUAGAUCCUUUUCACAUGUACUGCUCUCAAGCCGGGUGUCACCCAUCCUGUAUUUGUGCCUUUCAUUUCUUUUGCCCAAGUGUAGUACUUUACAUUUCUCCCUGUUAAAAAUCAUCUUGUUUGCUUUGGCCCAGUUGUCUAAUCUGUUAAAAGUCAUUUUGAAGUGUGAUCGUGUGGCAGACAGCUUUAUGGAAUGCCAGUCCCAAGUGUGUGUAGAACAAGUUUGGCUAUUAAAAGCAAGGUAGCUGCAACACA